GAUUGAACCUGAUAAAUAGCUACAUGUUGUGCUGUUUCAGUACUGUUUUGAGAAACCGAUCGUGAGGAAUCGUAAAGAUCCAAUACAGUGCAAAAGAGGUAAGUCAUACUGUAUCAACGCUGCUAUUUUUCAUUUUUAAAAUUCUAGAGGAGAUUUUAAAAAUGACAAUAGAUUUUUGAAAUACACAAAAUAUUGAAUAAAGACAGGCAUGUAAUUUGAAAGUACACUGGCUGUUAUCAUCUAUAUAAAAUGGGACAAUUUAAGAAUAAAUUUGUUCUGUAAUUUAACCAUGUAACAUAUACUGCAAUGAAUUGUAAACUGUAGAGAGCUGUCAUUCUUGUUUUGUAGAAAUAUAAAAGAAAACACUGUAAUGCUACCUGUUGUUAGUAGGGGUUUUAAGGGUAGUUUUAUGAGUGAGAAAGUGUGCUUGUUGGUUUGCUGGUGUUUUAGAAGAAUGUGAUUAUUUAAAGCAUAUAUGGAGUGUUUUGAUAGUUUUAAUUCAUUAUGAAUGUGAAAUUAACUGCUGUGAGAAAUGGGUCCUGGCGGUUGUAUGAAAUGAAAAGAUGCUUUUUCUCCUGUGACCUGGUUUAUUGCAUAAAGUGGACUGCAGGAUCACAAUCACAGUGUUUUCUCUAAUUUAUGUAACAUGAUCAAAUGUCAACUUUAAUGGUCUCACCUUCCCUGUUUCUUUAUCAGGAAGUACUCUGAGAAGCAAAAUAUAAAGUCUUUAAAAAAAAAACUUAUAAAGACAAGACAACAACAACAAACAAAAAAAUCUUUAUUUACUAGACAGUUCUUUUAUGUGGACCACAGUUUCCCAUGUGAGACGUGAGAGGCAAAGAUGGGUGGAGUGAUGGAGGUGAAAGAAGAGAACUUAGAUCAAAGAUGAUAACGGAUGCUGCAGACAGUCUGGGAGGAGGAGGAGCCGUCUGCUUAAAAAGAAAAAGAACACAGAUGAUGAUGUGUAUUUAGCUGUGUUUAAAUAUAGCGGUUUAUUACACUGUAUUAGAGAUAUUCUCACAAUAGCACAAUCAUCAAGAUUGAACACUGUAUUGAAAAGCCAGAAGAAUGAGCAGCAAGGUAUUUGCAACCUCGGUGGUUCUUGCUACAAGUACACUCAUCUCACUCUCCACGCAGAUUUUUGUGAAUUCAAGCCAGACGUUGGACCAAGCCAUUUUUCGGCCAGGAACUGCAGGAUGUAUAACUAAGUGGUUUGACCUUGAUGACCCAAAUGGAAAUGGAGACUACGAGCUGUUGGCUGACCUUCUCAAUACAUACCCUGGAGAAAUAUGUCCAAAUCCAAUCGCAAUAGAGGCUCAGACCACCUCUGGCCAACCAGCAUCUCAAACAGGAAACAUCUUUCAAGUAUAUAAUCCGACAAGUGGAUUUGCUUGUGUAAACGCAAACCAAGUAAGAAGAAAAUGUGCUGAUUAUAAGGUGCGCUUCACCUGCCCAGAGGAAUGGUGUUCAAGAUGUAGGACACGCUGGUUUGACCAAGAUGACCCCAGUAGACUUGGAGACAUUGAGAUGCUGCCAUUAAUCCUGAUAAGAUAUCCACUACAGAUCUGCCCCAAGCCCAUCGCCAUUGAGGUCGCAACUGUUGGUGGGACCACUGUAUUGCCGACUGAAAACAAUUUUCUAGUGUAUGAUCCAACACAGGGCUUUGCUUGUGUGAAUGCACAACAGAUUAGAAGGUGUCAGGACUACAAGGUCCGCUUCACAUGUCCAAUGAGGUUUUGCCGUCGAAAUUGUUGGGCACCCAGGUUUGACCAGGUUAUUCCCAGUGGACUGAAUGACAAUGAGACGCUGUCAUACCCACUACAGAUCUGCCCUCAGCUUGUCGCCACUGAGGUCGCAACUAUUAGUGGGACCGCUGUACCGCAGACUGGAAACAAUCUUCAAGUAUCUGAUGCACUACAGGACAUUGAAUGUGUGAAUGAUCAGCAGGGUGGAAGGAUCUGUGAGGUCUAAAAGGUCUGCUACACAUGCCACAUUCUCUCGGGCCUCAGAAGUGAGACUGCAAACAUGACUGACGACAAAUAUUACGCUUUUGUGAUACUAAGCUUUCAACUUGAGUUUAGAGAGCCCUGUAAGGUUAAAUGGAAAAAAAUUAAAUAAAUAAAUAAAAUAAACAUAUGCUGCAUUACCCUUCCUAGUUCAUGGUGUGGUUGUGUUGUGAAAAGCUUUGUAAAAACAUUGGAGAAAACUGAACAAUUCAAUUCAAAACUCUAUUCCUGUGACGAUCCCUGCAUAUCAACAAACUUGUGCAGACAUCUUCAUUUAUAUUGGCUUGCUGUAGAAGUAAAAUUAAGAUAAAUUCAAUUAAUUAAUUGAAAAUAUUGUGACUAGGCAAACAGAAAACAAGGUUUUAGAAAUUAAGAAAAUAGUUGGGUAGGUUAAAUUGACCUUUUCCUAACAUAAUUUAUACACACAAAGAAGCUGCUGUGUGCUCUCCAUAACUGAUUACAA